CGGAAACGUCCUGCCGCCAUCACCGGCUCGCGCGUGCGUGUUCCUUGGCGUGCGCGCGGACAUCUGUGAGCGAGCGAGAGGAAUCUAUUGCUGUACGUUGAAAGCCAGACGUGAGGAUAAAACCCGCUCAGUUUCAUUGUCGUUGAGUUGAAGGUUCGACACCCACCAUGGCAGACGAAGCGGACAUGCGCAACGAGCUGGCCGACCUGCAGACUCGCGCCGACCAGAUAGCCGACGAGUCCCUUGAGAGCACUCGCCGCAUGUUGGCUCUGGUGGAGGAGAGUAAAGAUGCUGGAAUCAGGACUCUGGUGAUGUUGGAUGAGCAGGGAGAACAACUCGAUCGCGUGGAGGAGGGCAUGAACAAGGUCAACGCAGACCUGAAGGAGGCCGAGAAAGAUUUAAAAGAUAUAGGCCAGUGCUGUGGGCUGAUAUGCCCGUGUAUUAAAAAGAUUAAGGGCGGGGGCCAGGCCUGGGGGGCCAACCAGGACGGCGUGGUCAACAGCCAGCCUGGCGCUCGGGUGGUGGACGAGCGUGAGCAGAUGGCCAUCAGCGGGGGUUUCAUUCGCAGGGUAACGGACGACGCCCGUGAGAACGAGAUGGACGAGAACCUGGAGCAGGUGGGGGGCAUCAUCGGCAACCUGCGUCACAUGGCGCUGGACAUGGGCCAGGAGAUCGACACUCAGAACCGCCAGAUCGACCGCAUCAUGGAGAAGGCCGACUCCAACAAAACCCGGAUUGACGAAGCCAACCAGCGUGCGACCAAAAUGUUGGGCAGUGGCUAAACGGCUUCCUCCCUUAUAUCUAAAACACACGCACACACGAAUACCGAGAUACAUAUAAACCCCUUUAUCACCUCUGCAAAACGACGCUUCUAUUGUGAUACAUGUAGACGUUUGCACAUAUCAGCACUUAUUGUUCUUGUUCUGUGUUGGUUCCCCUCACUCUUCCAUUUUUUUUAAUGUAAUAUAUAAUAUUGCGAGACUCUCAUCUUGACUGUUAUCUGGAUUUAUAGACCGGACGUAUAUAUGAUGAAUAUGAAAGUCACCUCAAAGGUGAUGCCAGAGAUUGUAUAUACACGCUUUUUGUCCUCAGGGAGCUAAAUGAGAGUAGACCAAGUUCCAAUCAUGCAAUCUGGUGUUCUUAUCGAUUCCGAAAAGCUUUUUUUCUUCUUCUUCUUGAUGCCAUUUAAGCUUUUAGCACAUUCAGCUCCUCCUCCUCCUCCUGCUCGUCCAUUAAUAAUUCAUUGGUCAGGACUAAAAUACCCUAACAUGCUAUAUAUGUACAGCGGUAUCCAUAACAGACCCCUCAUCCCUGUCUGCUAAAUAGUGCCACUCUCUGUUUGUUUCAUCCUUUCCAGACUGUGAUCGGUCACUGCAAAGAGUUGUACCUUGGGAAAACAAAAGCCAAUAAAAACCUUCACUACUGUACAAACAAACUGGCCUUCCGUCUC